CAGAAGGGGAGCUCCAGAACUAAUCAAAUUUUUCUUUUCAGGGGCUUUGCUUGUUUUUAGCUAAAACAUACUUGUGUAAAUGAUGAAUUCUCCACCACAUUGACCCCCUGCUGCCAUGCCUCACCCAAAGAUGGCCAGUGUGCAGAUCUAACACCAGUUUUGCAGUUUCAGAACCAACAAAUUACUACCCUGCUAAGGAUGAUACAACAACUACUGGCUGCACAAGCUGCGUUGGAGGCACAACCAAUGAACCAAUCAGCCAAACAAGUGCCGCUGACCAGUAUACCACCACUCCAGCAAUUUAAGGAAUCAGAAUAAGGAUGGCUUGAAUACCUGACUCAGUUCCAAGCACAUUGUAAAGUUCAUCAUGUUCAAGAUUCAUGUCCUCGCGACCUUCACAACUGCCUGCUGGUGCCACCAAGGGACCCCAGGAGGAGUGAAUGGACAAUGCACCCUCACCCCACUGUCCCCACUUGCCGACUUGGUGGACAUGGCCCUGCGAUUGCUGUCACCGUCAUCACCCCAGGACACACCCUCAGGCCUGGAUGUGUGCCCUGGCAGCAGUUUUCUGGAGGAUGUUCCUGUUGCCUGCAAUCCAGAUAGUGGGGUACAGUUGGCAUUAUGCUGCCCUCCAGUCACAUUUUGUGGCUCAUCUCUACAUUCAGUGUCCCGAAUUGCAACUAUAGCAAGAUUACUGAUAUUGUCUGCAAGAGGACUAUUACUGAUGAGCUUGUAUCACAAAACAUGGACUCUUAUCAAGAUAAGUAAAUACUUCAAGUUCAUGUAAAUAAAGAACUGUAUUAAUCCACGUGUGCACUUGUGUUGAAGAAAGACAAUAUUGGCCCCACAUAACAUCAUCUCCCUUGCUUCCUUACAUUAUAAAACUCUUACAAACAAGAGGGAGUCAUUGGAAAAAUGAAAUUUACUAUGUUUGGGCAAUAAAAUAAUGCAGGAGAUUGAAGUAACAGUUGACCAGUGUAGCUUGUUGAACAACAAAAGCCCCAAAAUAUGGAAGAAUCAUGUAGAAGCAAGGUAAUUAAUGUCUGGGAAACAAGAGUGUUGUCAAAUAUGCAAAUAAAUCAGUGAAAGACAAUCAGGAGAAGGUGCUUCAGUGUAGUGAACCAUAAGCAGAGAUUUAUACACAGAUUCAUAAAUAACAAUAAAUCCUUCUAAAUGCAUGGAAAUCAGUACUAGAAAAGAUAUAGGGGCAAGAUGUUGGUUCAUAUAGAUGGUACAGAUAAAUAAAUGAGUGAACUAGCACAUAAGGUUUGAACAAGGCAGACAACAACAGAAACUGACAAAGGAAAGAAGGAAUAGUGGCAAUAAGAGCUAAUACAUUUUAGGGACUUUACC